UGAGGAGAAGAUUUCAACAUGUGGCUGUUUUGCAAAGCUAACUGUUUAUAGUUCACACUGGAAACCAAUAACUCUUAUCUCUCAUACCAAAGCUAAGAUCUGCAUUUUACAAAGGGCAAAAGUCAACAACGAUGAGUCCGGGCAGCACCAGUACUGAAUCUGAUAUUUCAGAGGAAGAGUUGGAGGAUUUUCCUUUGGGUCAGGACGAUGACUUUGACAAUGAAAGCCCAGCAAAAAUGUCUUCAGAGCGCUUGAUAUCAACCAGCCCCAGUGACACAGUUAAGAGGUGUCCUCGGCCCAAGCGGUCCAAAGCACGGAGAGUCGCCGCCAACAUCAGAGAGAGGAAGCGCAUCCUGGACUACAACCAGGCCUUCAACACCUUGCGCACUGUCCUCAAUCAUGAUCUUAGCAGAAAGCGUCUCUCUAAGAUUGCCACCCUCCGCCGAGCGAUCCAUCACAUUUCAACACUGUCUUUAUAUCUGCGGACACAUGCAGACACUGAGCCAUACGCACCUCUGUGUACACAAACGGAGUGUGAUCGGCAGCCAGAAGAGAAUGUUUCUCUGCCCAGGAAGACAGAAACUUUCCAGGAACCGAUGGAGAACUACACUACCAAGGAAUCAGAGGCUCUCGGAGUUUCUCAAGAGACGCCUGGGAUUAUGCACCAGGACAUGACAAACUCUGUACCAUCUCCUCACUACAGCCACUGCGCAACCAACAGCCAGGUACACAUGAGCCAUGGAUGCUCCUCCGGUCACCACUGGGUGGAUUACAACAAUGGAGGAUGUGAACAUGGGAUGAGGGUCACCUGUCAUCAGAACCACACGGACACUUAUGCAGAAUCUGCUAGCCCAUCUUUGGCAUGGCAGCUUGGCUACCUUCAAUAUCAUGGAUACCAGCAAUCCCUGAGUAUGCACUGACUUUUCUCAUGCUAGAGUUAUUGAAAAGCGUUAGCAAUAUGUACAUAUAAUAAGGGAAAGAUUAUGUUGGGAUCCAUUUCUAAGGUAAAAAAGUUCGCCAAAUAAAGCAGCUUAUUAUAAAACUGAUGUUGACUCUUUUCAACCACUAGAAGUAUAAAAAUCUUUUAAAUGUAAAUGUAAUGCAGUUUAUAUACUCCUACCCAAUAAGAUUUAACUUAAGUGCAAUCAAAUGCAUUUUAAUUAAACCAUUAGAGCCUUCAACAACAGUAACAUGUAUGUUCCUAUAAGUGAUUCUUUUUUGAUUUUUCACAACUGAAACUUUAUUUUUUCCCUAACUGCAAUUUUAUUUCUUCCAAUAUAACUUUAAAUCUCACUAUGCAACUUUACAUCUUGCAACUGCAACUUUCUAUCUUUCAGUCGUUCCAUUUAUUUCUAAUGAUUUUGUGAAUGUAAAUCCUAAACUUAUUUUUAUCACCAGUUUAAUUUUUUACUUUGAGGUGGUAGCAGGGUUUCAUUGCUGCAGUAUGUAGAAAAGUCGCGAGUGCCAGUGCAAUGCAACAAAUGUAACAAAUUUGAAAUUUCAGAAAGUUUUUCCACUCUUGUGGGUGGGAGAGCAAGACUGGUUAAUCUGCAAAAUUCCUUUAUGGAAUGUCCUAAACUGGUAAAACAUCUAUAAUUACUGUCAGCGUCAAUUAUACAUUUGUAUUACAUGAUGCAAAGCUGCAAGCUGCAACACUCAAUAAAUGGUUACUGACAAAGAAAAAUAGAAAAUGACAGCAAGUCUUGUAUCUAUGUUACAAAAAAUACAGAUAGAUAUAAACUUGUAACCUAAUAUAAUUGAG